AACAAAAUCAAAUUGGUCGAUGAUUCCUAACCUUAAGCUUAAACUUAAACUUAAAAUUUAAUAAAUGUAACCUUGGCCUUCAAAUGAGUAACCCUACUGUAACAAUCAGCCGUCAACCACACAUUAUGGGGUUACGUCUAUCCAACAUAAUACGCCGAUCAAGAUGUGCGCAAAGAAUAUCUUCAUCGAUUGUUACACGCGAUUACCACAGUCUACCGCCCGUCCAAACAGUUGAUUACUCUUUCGACGAUGUCGACCUCGAUGAAUUCAGACAAAAAGCUUUCAUUCCCGAGAAGCCUGUAUCUCUAAGAUCGACGAAUGGCGCAUCUUCGACGAGCUUAGGGAAAAAAAGUUCUAUAAAAAUAGCUGAGAAAUGGUUUAUGUCUAAGUCUCAGGAUCAAUGUGCAAAUUUAGAUAUGACACGCAAAGAGACUAGCACUCUUGUGCCAACAAAAUAUCUCGAAUACUUCGCAGACACUACCCUUCCUUACGAAUUGACUGUUGACUCACCAGAUGUGCGAAAUCAACUCGAUGAUUUUAUGCGACAUUACAAAUUCCAUGUUGGCUUCUCAGAGCAGCUUCAACGGUCAAUACAGCCUCAUGAUUCUACGAAAACAUUCUAUCAUUUCUAUGCACCACUUACACUCUUUCUACUGGCCACUAGCUCGAAUUAUCCUCUUCCUCUCUACAUUGCACAAGCCCAAAUAGCAGAUUUGCCUAGAGAAUUACAAAAGGACCUGCCGAUGCCAAAGGUGGUGAAAGAGGCUGGGAAGGGUGAUGUCUACGAUGCCAAUAUAUGGCUGGGGACAUCGACUAGUUAUACACCGUUGCACAAAGAUCCAAACCCAAACCUUUUUAUACAAUCAGUUGGCAAGAAAAGGGUCAGAUUGUUCCCACCGAUUGUUGGAAGAGGAAUAUAUCAAGACGUACAACAAAGUAUUGGUGCAUGGGGAAUUGCUAGUAUAAGAGGUGAGGAGAUGAUGGAAGGACCAGAAAGGUCUUUACUAGAACAACGUGUUUGGGGAGAAGGGGUGACAGAGAAAGGUUUUGAGGUUGAGGUAGGCCCCGGCGAUGCAUUAUUUAUACCAAAAGGAUGGUGGCAUAGCAUAAAGAGUUUGGACGGUGGUAUCAGUGCAUCGGUGAAUUGGUGGUUCAGGUGAAGUACGUGAUUCCCAAUACAUUUCUCUUUCUGUCAUUGCAUUUCCCCCGGCAAAUUAAUGUUCCUCUGCACAGACAAUUCCUAUUGCCGAUCACCAAGAGUCUUAGCCGCUAUUUCCUUCCCACAUGCUGUUCAACUUUUUGUUACUUCGACUUCUUGAAGACACUCAAAUCUAGCGGAAGUUGUUCUCCCAUCCAAAUUGCCCUUUGCG